AUGCCUUUGUAUCUUUACGUGUCCACUGUUAGUGGGAACCAAGAAGUGCGUUCCAACCAGCUGCGCAUUCAAAGUGUGCUUGACUCAAUGAACAUCAAAUAUGAGCUUGUUGAUAUCGCUGCUGACGAAAGUGCGAAGCAUAAAAUGAUGGCUGCAUUAAAGGCGGCGAACAAACAGCCACCAUACUUAGCUCCUCAAUUCUUCUUUGGUGAUGAGUAUAUUGGUGGUUACAAGGAGUUUGAAGAUGCGGUCGAGGAUUCGCGUUUGGAAGCAUUUUUGCGUGUCUAA